UGCUGUCCGAAAAAUACUCGCUAACCAGUAGUGUGUACACAUAGAUGGAUGACGUAGUUCGCACUCGACUGUCCGAAAGCAAUGGCGAUCGACUUAAGGAAGAAUAAAGAUGCGCUUUUAAAGGCGUACAACGAUGUUGUUGCUGAUAACAACAAAAUUGAUUGGGCUGUCUUCACCUAUGAAGGACAGACCACCACCCUAAAGGUUGCUGAAACAGGCGAGGGUGGCAUCAGUGAAAUGGUAGAUGAGUUAAACGGUUCAAAGAUCAUGUAUGCCUAUUGUAAGGUGAUGGACCCCAAUACCAGCCUACCAAAAUACGUCCUCAUCAGCUGGCAAGGAGAGGCAGCUCCAGAAGCCAUGAAAUUUAAGUGUGCAAACCAUCUGCCUGAGGUGACCAAGUUCUUCAGGGGAAUUCAUGUAACCAUAAAUGCGCGCACAGACAGCGACGUAGAUGAGGAUGACAUUCUGAAAAAGGUUGCUGCAUCAUCCGGAUCCCAGUACAGUAUCCAUCACGAGAAAGCCAAACCCCAGGAACCAGUAGCUCCUGUGGGUUCAGUGUACGAAAAAACAAAGGCUGCUAAGGACAUCAAUAUUAAGGAAAGGGACAAGUUCUGGGCCAAAGCAGAGACUGAGGAGCAGAAGAGAUUGGAGGCCGAGCGUCGAGCUCAGUUUGAGCGCCAGCAGUCGGUAGAAACUGAGCGAAAACAGCGGGAGGCCCAGGAGGCAGAAGAGAGGGAGCGCCAGGUCAAGGAAAGAAUGAAGAAGGUCCAAGAAAUAAAAAUCGCAGAGAGACGUGCAAGCCAGUCAGAGGACCAUGAAGCAAAGAAACAAUGGGAAAAGGAACAAGAGCAGGCGUUCAGAGAGGAGGAAGCAAGACGUCAGGAAGCGGAACAGCAGCGUCGCGAGCGCGCUGCUGAGGCUGAGAAGCUUGCCACGAAAACAUCUGAUGCGCGCUCAUUCUUCAAGAAGAAGGAGUCACACAGUGAAGAUGCUGAUGUCAAAACCCAGCCAGUACCGAAAAGAGUAUUGAAGCAUGGCUUUGCCUCGGUGGACCAGAAUGAGCCCCCUUCUCGAAAGGAGCCUGUACAGUUGCCACGGAAACAGCCUUCCCCACCCCCUGCGCAGGCUGUUAGACAAGCCUCACCCCCUAGACGAGGACCCCCUCCAGUCCACAGGGAGCCCAGCCCUCCAGCAAAGCGCGACCCUUCCCCGCCACCGCAGCAGUCCCCGGCAACGUACCCAGCAACAAGAAACCUCCUAGCGCAGAACCUGCCGCCACGGCAAUCAGACUCUGACGAAGACGAGGGGAAUGAAGAUGACUGGGGAGAGGAUGGUUUACAAAGAACCAAAGGAAAAGAGGAGCAAAAUACACCAUCUGCCCCAGCGACUCACUUGUCUGAGCCCGUAGAGCAUUUCCAAGAGCCGGAGCCCGAAGAAUAUGCUCCAGAGGUUACACCAGCAUCAGGCGUCCUGAAAACACCAGAAAUGGGCAUGUGCUGCAUUGCACUGUAUGACUACCAAGCAUCUGACGACACAGAGAUAACCUUUGACCCUGAUGAUGUCAUCACGAACGUAGAGCAGAUAGACGAGGGGUGGUGGAUGGGGACCGCACCCAACGGGUCUAGGGGAAUGUUUCCUGCUAAUUAUGUGGAAGUCAUGGGAAGCUGAAAUAUAUGCUAAAAUUUAUGUAAAUUAUUCUAUCAAUGUAGAUUUUAUAAAUUUAUAUGAAUCAGCAGCAUAUUUUCACAGAAUGAUAGGUCAUUGAUGUAAAUGCUUUGAAGAGAUUCUGUCAGAGUUGAUAUUUUACACCCUUUUUCACUUCAAAGCAAAGUGAAAAUGGCUAUGUGCAAACAGCAUAAAACCAGAACAGUCUGCGAGUAACUCGCAGUCUGUUCAGGUUUUAUGCUGUUUGCUGCUCAUCAGUGUCCAAAGUUCGGAGAUAAAGCAUUAAAAACUUGAAUCUAGUAAGAAAGGUCUUAAAUUGAAUUUAACUUUCUAAGGGACUACAAAUGCGUGAAAAUACGUAUCUAAGUGGAAAUAGGUUAAAUGUACCUUUCAGCAGAAUUGUUUGCAUUGUGAUGGUAAGCUGAUAUAUUUACUAUGAAGGGAUCCUGUCAAAAUGGAUUUUAUAAAUGUUGCUUACAGUAAGCUGAUAUAUUUACAGACUUCCUUAGAGAUUUUGUCUUGUUUUCAGCUUCAAAUGUUGAGUAACUACACAAAUGCAGAUGGAUAUUAUUAUGUACUUAUCAAAUAAAUGAGCCCAAUUAAAUUAAUAUCUAUGUAAACUAUGCCUAAAAACAGUUUCCAUGGGGUGAGACAGAGUACAUAUGAACAGUUAAUCUUAAAAUACCAGUUCUUUUUUGUCACUAUAUAAUAGUUUGGUUAUUAAUAUUGGAACUAUUAACAAAGAAUAAUAAGAGAAGUUAUUGUGUCUUUCUUUCACUCUGAUGCAAAUGUGCUGUACAAUGAAUAUUUGUAUGAAUAAAGGAGGUUCUAUCAUGUUUGAUUUUUUUCAAUAAUACAUUUUGCAUUAUAUGAAUGAUAUUUUAUAAUCAUCUGGCAUGAGUGUUUCUUAUUUUCACAUGUCUAUAUUUAAUUGUUAACUUUUUAUGUGAUUGAUUCACUUUAUGCAGUCACACAUGAUACAUUCUACGCUCGUUAUCUCGAGCGGGAACAAGAAAAAAUAUUGAGAUAACAAGAGUUUGAAAUAUCCGAUUAGGCAUUUUCAAAGAAAAAAUGAGACAAACAUUUAUCUUGUUUUAAACAUCUAUAUACCUGCUAAGUGGUCUAACUAAAGCCGUCGCUGUGUGGCAUAAUACUCUCUACUACCUUAUCUAUUACCUGUUAUAUACGCGUUUUUACGAGGCUUGAUUAAAUUUGCUAUUUAAAUGCUUAAAAUGACAUUUUAAGUGUUACUGAAUGGCAUGAACACAUGCGGUUAUCAUUUUCUAAACUGUCGAGUAAACAUCUGGUAAUGUUGCUAUUUAAAGUGAGGAUGCAAUUGACGUCCAAUCAAGACGAGGGUUUUUCAUCUGAACAUGCGUAAUUCACGUUCCGGAAUACUGAACUGUACUUGUACAUUUUGUAGUUCGAAAUGCAAAGUUCAAUCGAUUAUUAGUACAGGAUAAAAUAAACCCACAUGUUAUAAAGUGAAAGGCCUUACUCAAGUGUUAAUGGCUAACAACAUUACACAUGUGUGGUCACUGAUGCAAUUAACGGAUCACUUAUCUACCGCACAAUUUGGGAGCAGCCGGACGAAGCGGGACAGUGAAGUAUCAAAGAAAAAAUUUCUCACCUUUGCUGAUAUUGUGACAGUUAUUCCCACUUCGAGAUAAACCACAGUAAAUACAUCUAAAAUCGGGACUGUGGACAAAUUUUUAUAUCGAGAUAUCAAAUUAUUCGAUACAACUAAAAUUGAGAUAUGCGAUGUUAAUUAAUAUAGAUAAAGAAGGAAAAAAGUUGGGACAUUACUUACUUCGACAUAUCGAGAAAAUCGAGAUAUCCGAUGUCGAGAUAACGAGAGUAGACUGUACAGUUACCGGUAAUUAUUUCUUUAGCAAAGUUGAUGUUGCUUGCUUUAUCCCAACAUUCAGACUUGUCUACAGCUUAUGUUUUAAGUUUAUAUUUUUGAAACAAACACACAUAUUUAAAUUUGUUAAAUGUACUACAAUUUUUAUGAUUUUGCUAUUUUGUUCUGGUGUUUUUUGGCUUUUUUAAGAGAAUGUUAUUAUAAUUAGGUUAUUUACAUGUGUACUUAAGUAUAACUAUGUCUUGUGUACAUUUCUUAUUAAUAAAAGUCGAUCAAAACUGAGCAAAUAAAUUUAUUUUUGUUUAAUUGAAUCAAUUAAAAUGUUGCUCAUUUGACAAAGUUGGUACUAAAAUGAGAGUGUUUUAACCUGAAAAUAACACUUUAAACAAUCAUACAUUUAUUGGAGCUAAUUACAAGUAGCUUUGUUGUAGUGUUCUAGCAUGAAAACUCGUUCUCUGAAGCUUGUUAAAUGAACUAGCAAAGUCAACAAAAAAUUUGUUACACUCUGUUUAGAUUGUUCAUGUGAAUCAUAAACACUUUGCACUUGUAUGUUGAAUGAAAAUUCGGACCAGAUUCAGUAACAAUGCAUCACAAUCUUGAAUAGUUUGUGAACAAGUAUUUAAAUUCUUGACUUAACAAUUAUUGAUAUUGUGUAUCUUGUGGUAUUAAAUGGCAAAUGAAAUGGCCAAUUUACAUGUUUAUAUUUUACUUUACAAAAACUGGUUUAUAAUUGACUUCAUAUUGAUUUGUAUCAGCUUCAAAUGUUGUUUUGGUUAUGAAGUGUUGAACAAGUGAUUUUACUUUAUAUUCAUUAUUGCUUUAAAUUAUAAGAAUGCAUCAUGAAGACUCUUGAUAGUGUAUUUAUA